GGGUAGCCAAUGACGAUACCUGCGGUAUUUGUCGAGUGGCGUUCGAAGCUUGCUGUCCUGACUGCAAGUUUGCUGGUGACGAUUGUCCUUUAGUGUGGGGUCAGUGUUCACAUUGCUUCCACAUUCAUUGCAUAAUGAAAUGGCUCAACGCCCAGUCCGUACACCAUCAGUGCCCGAUGUGUCGUCAGGAGUGGAAGUUUCGAGAGUAGACUCAGAUUUAUUAUCACCUUUAUCAUUGUCUUAUGAUUCCGAACUACCACCUCUACCUGAAAGCCUUAGUCGUUUAAGCCUGUAUGAUGUACCUCCACGUUCUAAACCUGAACCUGCCCGACGCCAUUCACCUAAAUCAACAGAACUUGUUGGCUCACCUAAGCAAACACGUCAGUCACCAAUACCAUCAUCUGAACAUUCUGAUAAACGUCCAACUGAAAAACCACCAGUUCCACCCAGGAAACCGUCAUCUGUUGACUUAAAACUCGCACAUCUCCGAAAUGAAAUGGCGAGUCUACGUCAAAUGGAUUUACAACUUCUGUCCCAGUUACGGCAGCUCAAUGAUUCUAUUAGUUCAUAUAGACAAGAAUUAAUUAUGAACAUGGACUCUUAUUCAUCAUCAGACACUGAUGGCUCGGAUACUACAUCAGUCUAUUCAAAUGUUACUCCCAGCAGUUUCGAUUUAUCUCGUUCCUCAACACUAUCAACUCCCAAACGUCCACCGACAUCUACAGAUUUAUAAAAAUAUAGUAUUAAACACAAACUAGGCUGUUUUUUUAUAAAUAUUUUUUACUAAUAAUUAUUAUAC